AUGACACCUACAAAACCAUGUCAGUGCAUUUUGGUGCUCAAACCCUGCCCUACAUUGAUUGAUAGUUCGUUGUUUCACUUUUCAUCCUAACAGCGUUGCAAUGGAGUCGUUCGAUACAGAAUCAGUGGAUGCUCCACCGAAACAGCUGGUAAAGCUAGAGGACGCCUUUUUGAUGACAAAGUUUGGACUGUAUAAUCUGUGUCUGAUCGCCAUUUCCGGCAUCAUCCUGGCAGCGGUACUGUUGGAAACGCUCGGCAUUAGCUACGUGCUGCCGGUGGCCGAGUGUGACCUGCUCCUGACCACCAGGGAGAAAGGGAUACUGAGCGCAAUCUCGUUUGCGGGCAUUAUUUGCAGUUCGCAUCUUUGGGGCUUUCUGGCGGAUACACGUGGCCGGCGAGCGAUCAUCAUGCCAACGCUAUUUCUCGCCUUUGCCUCAUCGGCCCUUUCCAGCCUAACCACCAACUUCUGGGUGAUCACCGUGAUGCGAUUCUCUACUGGAUUUUUCAUUUCUGGUCCAUCGGCCACCAUUUACGCGUACCUGAGUGAGUUUCACGGCAAACAGAACUGUUCCCGAGCGAUUAUGGGUGCCUCGUUUGUGUUUGGUUUGGGUUCAAUUCUGCUACCGCUAAUCGCGUGGUCCAUCAUUAAUCAAGAAUGGGAGUUUACCAUCCCGAUGCUGAAUAUUAUCUACCGUCCGUGGCGACUGUUUUUGGUGGUAUGCGCACUGCCUAGCUUUAUCAGUGCGCUAGCAUUGCUCUGGCUACCGGAAAGUCCCAAGUAUCUGUUGUCGCGUGACCAAGAAGCGGAAACGGUUGCGAUACUGCACCGUAUGUAUCGGUGGAAUGCAAGCAGACGCGAUCCGCCACUAGUGCUGACAGGUGUGCUGAAGGAAACGGAAGCAGAGCAGACCAAGGCACGGCGUGAGGAAGCGGUCAGCAACAAGAGUGUGGUCAGGCUGCUGAAACAGAUGUGGCAUCAAACGGUACCGUUGUUUAUGGGGGCGUACUUGAAGCGUACCAUCAUCAUCUGUGUGCUGCAGUUCGGCAUCUAUCUAACGUCCAGCGGGAUGUACAUGUUCUUCCCGGAUAUAUUGAAUCGGAUAGCGGAGCAGCAGGGAACGGGAGUGGAACGGAUCACUGUCUGCAAUGCGGUCUAUGCAACGCGUGUCGACAUUGAAGAGCUGACGAAUCUCACCAACGGCACGGCACGUCCGGACGUGUGCCACCAGAAGCUGGACAUCUCCGCCUAUGAACAUUCGUUCGUGCUGGAAGCGAUCUAUGCGCUUGGGUUCGCCGUCAUCGGUCUCAUCAUCAACGCUGUCGGCCGUUUACCGAUCCUGGUGUUCAUCUUUACACUCUGCGGCACCUGUGGCAUAUUGAUCGUCUUUAUCGAUCUACCGUUACUGGCUAUCUGGUUCUACCUGAUACUGCUAACGUGUGGCUUUUGUAUUAGUGUUGUAAAUGCCUGUACGGUCGAUUUGUACCCAACAAAUCUACGAGCUAUGGCCGUCUGUAUCUCGCUAAUGUUUGGAAGGCUCGGCAGUAUUGUUGGAUCAAAUCUUGUCGGCUUCCUGCUCGAUACGCGCUGUGAGUUAACGUUCUGGAUCUCCGGCCUACUGCUAGUUGCGUGUGGUGUACUUUCCUUUUUCAUUCCACACAUUUACAAACGACACGCACCAGAAAGGAUCAGCAUCUCAUCCCGUUGACAUUAUAGUAAACGAAAAGGCAAUGUGCCUACCUUUCCGCCAGAUCGAUGGUCGGUUGUGAAAGUAUAUUAUAGAGACUGAAACCUAGCGAUAGUCGUUUAAUGCAGGGGUCUCCAAACUACGGCCCGCGGGCCGCGAGGCUCUCCCGAGAUAUCCCGAGAUUGGCCCUAAGCUGUGGCUAUUUCACUCAAUGCGGCCUGCCAUCUAAAAAGUUUGGAGGCCCCUGGUUUAAUGGAAGAAAAUAAAAUUUGUAAAUUGUAAA